AUUCAGCAGUAGUAGUGCUUUCACUGCCUGGCUGCAUUCUUACAACAGAUCUGGGGUAAGAAGACAUCAGGCCAUGCAUUAAAUCAGAGACUGUUGGAGAAAAUGGUACAGUUUAUGUAUUGCUAAUAUAGAGCAGUGGAACUUGGGUUUGUUAAUAAAAUAGAUUAUUUUAAAAACUAUUUCAACUAUUUCUGACAAACAUGGGGUGCUCCUCAUCCAGUACACAGACUGUUGAUCAGGAAAAAAGACCAGGGACAAAGCCAGAAGAGGCCAAUGGAGAUACAGUGGCGGUCAGAAAUGGCUUCAUUGCAGAAGAUGCACAAACCAUCGAGGACCAGAUGCAGUUGCCUGUGCAGACUGCCUUACCGGACAAUUUUCAACCAGGAGCCGAUGAUGAAGCUGAUGUCGUGUUGGUAGCCCUGGAGGCCCAGGAGGAUCUUGGGUCUGGGGAGGACCUCCUGUCUGCUCCUGAGCCACAGCUAGAACCUGUCAGCCCUUCAAAGCCAGUUCCAGAAACUCCUGCUCCAACUGAAGCCUACACUGAACCUGAAUAUGCUGUAGAUGUAUUGGAGGCCCUACCCCAUUUGGAGAAAGCUGUCCCUGUAGAAACUUUAGUGUCUGAGGCCACUCCUGAGGUCGGAGCCCUGGUUGAGGUAACAGAGGAGGCCCCAGCUGAUGUAGCUGUGCAGGCAGAGGACCCUGCCGUUGUAGCUGUGAAGACAGAUACCCCUGUUGAUGAGAAGGUUAGCACCAAGCCAGCAGAGGCCUCUCCUGAAGUUGCCCCCCCUGCUGUUGAACCUUUUGUAUCUGAGCCCAGAGAGACCCCAGUAGUUGUAGAAGAGGCAGCAGCUCUAGCUGUUGAGGAACCUGCUGUAGUGGCUGCUCCUGUGGAGGCAGAGGCUCCAACUGACAAUUCUUCAUCAGCUCCUACCUCAACAGAAACAUGUGUAUACCCAGAACCAUGUGGAUCUGCUGCCCCAGAACCAGCUGUAGCUGUAGCUGCAGUCCCAGCGCCAGCCCCAGCACAAACUGAAGCCCCAGAACCAGCUGUAGCAACAACUGAAGCCCCAGCACAAGCUGAAGCUGAAGUCCUAGCACCAUCCCAAGCACAAACUGUAGCUGGAGCACCAUCAUCGAUUGGAGCCCCAGCACAUACCGAAGCCACAGUACCAACUGAAGCAACAGCCACAGCACCAACUGAAGUAGCAGCCAAGGCACCAACUGAAGCUACAGCACCAACUGAAUCUGCAACACCCACUGAAGCUCCAGCCCUAACACCAACCACGGUUGCAACUUCAAUUGAAAUCCUAGCACCAACUGAAGCAACAGCACCAACUGAAGCUGCAACACCAACUGAAGCCGCAGCACCAACUGAAGCCGUAACAUCAACUGAAGUCGCACUAACUACUGAAGCUCCAGCCACAGCACCAACGGAUUUCACAAUACCAACUGAAGUCGCAGCAACAGAAGUCCUAGCACCAACUGAAGUAGCAGCACCAACUGAAGUAGCAGCACCAACAGAAGUCCUAGCACCAACUGAAGCUGCAGCACCAACUAAAGCCACAGCACCAACUGAAGCUACAGCCACAGCAUUAGCUGAAGCCACAGCACCAACUGAAGCUGCAGCACAAACUGAAGCCGCAGCACAAACUGAAGCCGCAGCACAAACUGAAGCCGCAGCACAAACUAAAGCUACAGCCACAGCAACAAUUGAAGCCGCAGCACUAACUGAAGCCGCAGUAUCAACUGAAGCCACAGCACCAACUGAAGCUACAACCACAGCAACAACUGAAGCCGCAGCACAAACUGAAGCCGCAGUACCAACUAAAGCUGCAGCACCAACUGAAGCUACAACCACAGCAACAACUGAAGCCACAGCACAUACUGAAGCCGCAGCACAAACUGAAGCUACAGCCACAGCAACAACUGAAGCCACAGCACAUACUGAGGCCGCAGCACAAACUGAAGCCGCAGCAGCAACUGAAGCUACAGCCACAGCACCAACUGAAGCCGCAGCACCAACUGAAGCUACAGCCACAGCAAUAACUGAAGCCGCAGCACAAACUGAAGCUACAGCCACAGCACCAACUGAAGCUACAGCCACAGCAAUAACUGAAGCCGCAGCACAAACUGAAGCUACAGCCACAGCACCAACUGAAGUCGCAGCACCAACUGAAGCUACAGCCACAGCACCAACUGGAGCCACAGCACCAACUGAAGCUAAAACCCUAUCACGAGCAGUAGUAACAGACGAGGCUUCAGCACCAAGUGAAAUAUCAGCAUCUGCUGAGGCAGUACACUCUCUUAUAGAUAUAAAGAUUGCUGCAGCAACUAUUCCACUGUUGCCUCCAUUAUCCACUGUCACUGCAGCUGCUUCAACGAAGGCAGAUCCCUCACCUCAAGUGACAUCUGCAACUGAAGCCUCUCAGGAUAUAGAGAGCGUGAAAGCCAAAAAGGAGGAUUGAGUUGAGAUAAGAGAUGCUCCAAAACCCAAAGCUACCAUUGGAAGAGAACUGGAACAAGAAGAAGACAAAGCAGUAAAUGUUACAUUUUCAGUAUUGUCAUCAGCGUUCGCCAAACUCUACAUCAGAUGCAUUAAUACGUAUGGUGCCUUAAUAGCAUGUCAUUAGGAAAUAUCAGGAUAAUUCCUAAAUGUAUUUAUACACUUUUAAAGAGUUAUUUUACUGAGACCUUAAGUGCCCUUUAGCCACAUACUUUAUAUGCAGGUCUUUGCGAAAAACAAGCCAUUACUGGAUAGGUAAGAUGAGACAAGAGGGUGCAAUAUUCUGUGAAAUCUGUGAACUCUUGUCACAGGAUGAUGAAUUUUGGUAGGAAUCUAUCUGUGUAAAGCCUUGACUAUUAAAAAAAAAAGCUGCUUCUGAGGAAUAAAAGCCAAACACAACUGUGAAUUAGAUUAUGCAAAGAGUUUGAAGUGACAGAAACACCAAACAAAAACGUAAUUUAUCACCUGAAUUAAACUGGUUUUCAUAGAUAGUCUCAAAUUUAUUAUAAAUCCAGAUGUUAUUACUCACAGCCUUCUAAUAUGGUUCCUUUGAUAAAGGACUACAUUUAACAGAGUGAAGAGUGUUAUACACAUUACUGUAAGCCAAUCAAUUUUUCCUAAACGUCCUUUCUAACAUCUCUUUAAAAAAUGUAUCGCGUUUUUGGGAAAAGAAAAUGCACAUUAUUAGAUGCAGAUGCAAAGUAAGUGCAGCUGCACUAAAUGGCACUCCUGAUUUUGAUUAUCUCAAUUUAUUACACAGCUUAGUUGAAUUCUGGAUUCUUAUUGGUCAAUUCAGACAACUCAGAGGUUAUUCAUACUCGAAGCACAUACGCAUAACAUCAUUGCUGCUAAGGAGGAUCAGGUGAGAGAAGCAAAGAGGUUAAAACACAACAGAGCAGGAUGUUAGAUAAAUCAACAAAAGACAAACAGGAAGUAAAUACUAGCAGGACACGGUAUCGGCUCUGAAGUGUUUAAGGACUUGUUAAUGGAUCAGAAACUGUGAACAGACUUGGACAGUUACAGUGAACCUUGAUCAGUUCUGUUAAUUUUAAAUUACAUUGUUGUUGUCGCAGUUCAGCCGUUAGUGCGCCGCAGAACAAAUCAUUUUUUUCUUAGCAGCAGCAAAACGAUUUUUUUCAAGUCAAUAAAAUAAUUUAAAUUAAUAUUGGGAGUCAAGUCAUUCGUUUAUUUAGUAUGUGGUUGUGUGAAAAGUGGUAUAAUGUGUCUUUUGAAAUAAACAAUACCCCUUACAUAAUAGAGCGUGUUUUGUGGACGCUAUGAAAUAAUUACCUUGUGAGGAAUAAAAAAUAUUAAAAACUAUCUUUUCUUGGCUUAUGUAGAGAUCACCUAGUGGAUAUGAUUUUUAAAUCAUUAGUUAUACAUGCUGUGUUAUACAAAAGUGUAAAGUCGUAAGAAAAUGAUUUCAGUUGUGAAAGAUGUGAUGGAUGUGUUGGGAACAAAAUGUGUUUUUGUGUCAGAUGACCCUUUCCAAUCAGUUCUAUCCUUUGUAAUAUAUAUUUUUUUCUGAGCUUUGUCUAUGAUUCUGCUAACCAACUGCACAGAAUAAAAUGUGACUCACUAAAUCA